AUGCCAACGAUUCUCGUCGUCGUCCAAGUCAUCGUCGUCUGUCUUGUCAUCGGAGUCGUUCUUUACGCGUGUCGUCGUCAAAGAAUUCGUGAUUCCACACCUGGAGCGCCCGUUGCGUCUGCUCCAGAAGACGUUCCAAUGACAUCAUUGUCGUCUGGAGAGUCAGAAGAAGAGCAGCUUCGGAAAGCGAUCGCAGCGUCGAUUGAAGAAGAAGCAGAGCGAAAAAUGAUUGAAAGAGCGCUGAAAGAUGCGCAUAAGCCAUAA